UUCUUUUUCUUUUCCUUUCACUCAUCGAAGGCCGGGGAACGACAAGCUCUUAGCGCAGAAAAUAGAAAGAAGGAAAGGAAAGAGAGAAAAAGAGAGUAAAGAGAGGAAAAAUUAAGGUUUCUUCAGCUUACGUUAAUGGUGGUUAGGGUUUUCUAUUGAUCCCCUUCCCAAAAGGAAUUCUUAUUCUCUCCCGCCUAUUAUUUCAAGUGCCCGCUCUUUUCUCUCUCUUCUCGUUUCCCAAAAGCCCUAAUUCGAGGUCAUCCCUCUAAUCUCUCAAUUUUAACUUCGAAUUUUCAAUCUUGACGACUCCACGGGAUUAUUUGGGAUUCGAAAAGUUUUCGGAACCGGAGACCGAGAAGCUUCGAUGGGCGCUCAAGAGAAAUCUCAAGGCAACUCCAAUUCGCUGCAGAGAGUAAAGGUCUAUCGCUUGAAUGAGGAUGGUAAAUGGGAUGAUCAAGGAACUGGGCAUGUCACUGUUGAUUAUUUGGAGAGAUCAGAAGAGCUGGCUUUGUAUGUUUUUGAUGAAGAGGACAACGAGACAUUGCUUGUGCACCGUAUCUGCCCUGAUGACAUUUACAGAAAACAAGAAGAUACAAUCAUAUCAUGGAGAGACUCCGAGUAUACUACAGAAUUAGCACUUAGUUUUCAAGAGAACACAGGAUGCUCUUACAUAUGGGACCACAUUUGUAAUGUGCAACGAAAUAUACAUUUCAGUUCUCUCAACAGUGAAACAUUUCACUCAAUGAAUAGUGAGUUGAGGGAGUUGCCAGCUGUGGAACUUUCUACUCUCCCAAUAAUCCUCAAGACUGUGACUGAGAGUGGCAUUGCUGAUCAGAUGCGGCUGACAGAACUAAUAUUGAAUGAUCAAGAUUUCUUCCAGAAGCUGAUGGAGCUAUUCAGAAUUUGUGAAGACUUGGAAAAUAUGGAUGGUCUUCACAUGAUAUUUAAAAUAGUCAAGGGGAUAAUUUUGCUCAAUAGUGCUCAAAUUUUCGAGAAAAUAUUUGGGGAGGAAUUGAUCAUGGAUAUUAUUGGUUCUCUUGAGUAUGAUCCUGAUGUUCCUCAGGUGCAACACUAUCGGAAUUUUCUGAAAGAACAUGUUGUUUUUAAGGAGGCCGUUCCAAUUAAAAAUCCGGUGGUCAUCUCAAAAAUACACCAGGCAUACCGUGUUGGUUAUUUGAAGGAUGUUGUUUUGGCGAGGGUAUUGGAUGAGGCAACAGUUGCCAGUCUCAAUUCUAUGAUUCAUUCUAACAAUGCUAUAGUUAUUUCUUUAUUGAAGGACGAUAGCACCUUUAUUCAAGAAUUGUUUACCAGGUUGAGGUCACCCACCACAUCUGCUGAAUCAAAGAAGAAUUUGGUAUAUUUCUUGCGUGAAUUUUGUAGUUUAAGCAAGAGCCUGCAGAUGGUGCAGCAGCUUCAACUAUUUAGGGAUCUUAUAAAUGAAGGUAUUUUUGACAUUAUCAGUGAUGCUCUGCAGAGUCAAGAUAAAAAGCUUGUACUAACUGGGACAGACAUCCUCAUACUAUUCUUGAAUCAGGAUCCAACCCUUCUGCGCUCUCAUGUUGUUCGCCAGGAAGGGAUUCCUCUUUUAGGACUUUUGGUUAAAGGGAUGAUAACAGAUUUUGGGGAGGAUAUGCACUGCCAGUUUCUUGAAAUUCUUCGUAGUUUAUUGGAUUCGUUCUCAUUGACAGGAGCUCAGAGAGAUACCAUUAUUGAUAUUUUUUAUGACAAGCAUUUGGGCCAGCUAAUUGACGUCAUAAUAUUAUCAUGUCCUUCUGAUGAGGUUGGCCAGUCAACAAGUAAUUUGGCAAGCAGUGCUGGAAGAGUUGAAAGUCAAAAUAGCACAAAGCCUGAAAUUCUGUUGAACAUAUGUGAAUUGCUUUGCUUUUGUGUUGUGCAUCAUCCUUAUAGAAUAAAGUGUAAUUUUCUGCUUAACAAUGUUAUAGACAAAAUUUUGUUACUUACACGGAGAAGGGAAAAAUACCUAGUAGUUGCUGCGGUUCGCUUUGUUCGCACUAUUCUCUCUCGUCGUGAUGAACAUCUGGUAAAUCAUUUUGUUAAGAAAAACCUUCUCAAACCAGUUAUAGAUGCUUUUGUUGCUAAUGGGAAUCGUUACAAUGUGCUGAACUCUGCAGUCCUGGAACUUUUUGAAUAUAUCCGCAAGGAAAAUGUGAAGUUAUUGGUUAGAUAUAUAGUUGAUUCAUUUUGGAAUCAGUUGGUUAAGUUCGAGUAUUUGGCUUCUGUUCAGUCCUUGAAAGUCAAAUAUGAACAGUGCUUGGAAAAUUGUGGAACAAAAGCUAAUGUUAAUGUGUUGGACUCAAGAAAACGAAUUGAUGAGCGUGCUCUGGAGAAAGAGGAGGAAGACUAUUUCAAUGAGGACAGUGAAGACGAUACAUCAUCUGAAUCUCGCACUCGGAAAGUACAAUCUCAACCUGUUUCAUCUGAUGGAGUUUCUGCAAGCUACCCAUCAUUAAGCCCAAGAUCUGGCGGACUGGUCGACUAUGAGGACGAUGAGGAUGAUGAAGACUAUAGACCACCUCCCAAGAAGCAUACUGAGACCUCAGAGGACGAUGAAGGAACCUUGGAGACCCUUAGGUUGAAGCGGAAGUUGAUUUCUAGAGAGCAUGAGAAUGAAGUAGCUUAUAAGAAGCAGCGUCUGGGUAAAAGCUCCAAAGCAAGAGAUAGUGUAUUUGCGGCUUUGUGUUCGACCCUAAGCCAGGCAGUGCUGCCAAGUAAGAAAACUACAAACGCUAUGCCUUUAUCUAGUCAAUCAGCUGAAGGGACCAAAGCCUUGGGUGAGGGAAAUCAUACAGAGAUGGAAUCUAGCAGUCCUAGAAGUUCUGGUAAAAGUGGUUCGGAAGAGGAUAGCCAUAGAGAGAAGGAACCUCCUAGAAAUUGUUCAGAUUGCUUGCAUAGCCCCUCAGACAAUAGACAAUUAAGUGGCGAUGACUGUCCCUUGGUACCACCAAAAUCCUCACCUGAAAUGACUGUAAAUGGAUCUUAAGUUAUUUUGGAGAAUCAUCAUGCGCAGUGUCACUUGUUAUCUUGUUUGUUGUAUUCAACUGAAGCAUGUGCUUGGUGACUGAAGGGUCUCAGUACGGGCUACCAAAGAACUGGAUUCAGAGAAAAAUCAAGAAGCUGAUGAGAAGAAAAUUCGGAUUGUUUGUCGGAGGGAGGGGACGGAUGAUCACCAUAUAAAUUGGAAGUGAAGGGCUGGGAAAAUUAUACUGAAUUAUAUAUGCAAAAGCCAAGUCUACCAGGCCUUUCUGAUGCAUUGAGCUGAGCUUUGGACUUUCUGCUUUUAGCCUCACCACCAAACUGUUGCUUCUUUAGAACAUUACCUGUUUUUUGUCAAAAUUUUCACCUUUUCUUUUUCUUUAAGAAAAAAAAAUCAAAUAUUGUUCUAAAUAUUAGCUUUGUGAACCAGCCGACAGAAUGGGCAGUAAAAUUGGGGAUGCGUUAGUGUCCCCUUUGUUCA